AGCUUGAGACGCUCCUGAAAGGAGCCCACGUUGCGGCGUCUGAGGGGGCAAGCGUGGCAAUAUGGCUUCUGUGUUGUCCUACGAAAGCCUGGUACACGCCGUGGCCGGAGCCGUGGAUUCUGCUGAAGACUCGAAGUCCUGUAAAGAGUUCCUGCUAACAGAACUUGACGCCCUGUGCCCAAGCAAGCCUUGACACACCUCUAGUAAUUAACAGGUGUGAAAGGAAGGGAAGUGUGACUGCUAUGACAGUGUUCUUUCCCUUGGAUACUGCUAGACUUCGACUUCAGGUUGAUGAGAAAAGAAAGUCAAAAACUACGCAUGCAGUUCUCCUGGAGAUUAUUAAAGAAGAAGGCCUCCUGGCACCAUACCGAGGGUGGUUUCCAGUUAUUUCCAGUCUCUGCUGCUCCAAUUUUGUCUAUUUCUACACUUUUAAUAGCCUCAAAGCAGUAUGGGUCAAAGGUCAACGUUCUUCUACAGGAAAAGAUCUGGUGGUUGGAUUUGUUGCAGGAGUGGUGAAUGUGCUGCUGACGACUCCACUCUGGGUGGUGAACACCAGACUGAAGUUGCAAGGGGCAAAAUUUCGGAAUGAAGACAUUAUACCAACUAACUACAAAGGCAUAAUCGAUGCAUUCCACCAGAUUAUUCGAGAUGAAGGAAUCUUGGCUCUGUGGAAUGGCACCUUCCCCUCCUUGCUGUUGGUCUUCAACCCUGCCAUCCAGUUCAUGUUCUACGAAGGCUUGAAACGGCAGCUUUUAAAGAAGCGGAUGAAGCUCUCUUCUCUGGAUGUGUUCAUCAUUGGUGCAAUAGCCAAAGCGGUGGCCACCACAGUCACUUAUCCCAUGCAGACGGUACAGUCAAUUCUGAGGUUUGGACGUCAUAGACUAAACCCAGAAAACAGAACCCUGGGGAGUCUUCGGAAUGUUCUCUAUCUUCUUCACCAGCGAGUCAAACGCUUUGGAAUAAUGGGACUCUACAAAGGCCUUGAAGCCAAGCUGCUCCAGACCGUGCUCACGGCUGCCCUCAUGUUCUUGGUGUAUGAGAAACUGACAGCUGCUACCUUCACUGUAAUGGGCCUGAAGAGCACACACAAGCACUGAGGUCCUCCACAGAGCAGUGUGGAGAUGCACAUGCUGCACAGAGAGAAGAGGCACAGCUCUCCUCUCCCUCUGGUUCCAUCCACACCACAGUCAUUCCUGUCAUUGGCUCCAAAGGCUCCAAAGGCUAAACAGGGAGUGGAGUUGGCUAGGCCUAUUACCAACUUAAUUUUUAUGGUGUUUGCUUGGAUUUGGGGGUGGAGGUUAGACUAAUAUGGAAAUAUUGAAAACCUGAAAAUGUAAGUUUGUGGGUGUUUAUUAGUUUUCGCAAGGGGUAUGGACUUUCCAUCUGAAGUUUUCCUCAACUUUGCCACUUGUUCUCUUUCCCCGAACGCAGGUUCUGACAACUCAGUAACGUACUUCUCCUCAGAUACUUUUCUGUGUCUUAAUCUUGGUAAAGAUUUUCCUCACUGAAAUCACAUGAUGACGAUGCCAUGGGCAUGACUUUAUUUCUGUUUGACUCUUUUCCUCCUGCAUAAUGAAAGUUAAGUGAGCUAUUUAUUUUGUGGGGAAAAUGAAAAUGAUUAAUCCUAAAUAAUUUUCUUAAAAUCUGUAAAUGUCAAUUAUUCCUUAGUGUUUGACAUAGUUUUUAAUACAUAUUUAUUUUGAAUUGUCUUUUAUUACAAAAAAAAGCCCUGAUGUUGUAUGUCCACCCAUGCAAGCUCCAAUCAGACAAGCCUCAAUAAACUGUCAGCACACUCACACACA